GUCACAUGAUGAGCUCCCCUUUCCCUCCAUCGUCUUACCUGAGCUUCAGUCUGUCUCACCGCGAGGACCGCAGUGUCUCUCAGCCCCCUCUGUCCAGCUCCGUCCCCUUCCUCCUCUACCCCUCCAGCAUGGACCACUACAAGGACACUCUGAGGGGCCCCGGUCCCGGGCUCCUGCCCUACCUGGCCCCCUUCCACCACCACGGACACUUCAGCGUCUACGAGUGUCCCUUCGAGCCGGCGUUCAUCCAGAAACGUAACGAGCGGGAGCGUCAGAGGGUGAGGUGCGUGAACCAGGGCUACGCCAAACUGAGGGACCACCUGCCGGGUCAGAGCCCCGACAAGCGGCUCAGCAAGGUGGAGACGCUGAGAGCCGCCAUCAGGUACAUCAAGUACCUGCAGGGCCUGGUGGAGCCGGACUCUCCCGACACCUCGUCUCCUGGACCGGACUGUGGAGGAGAGUCUGAGGGGGUCACGUGUUAAGCUGCAGACGCUUCUUCUCUUCUGCUUUUCAAACACAGACUCAUGUUAUUAUUAGUGCUGUAGAGAGAGAGGUCAGUG